UAAUUUUUUCAACAUUAAUUUUCAUCUUAUAGGAAAUGAUUGUAAGUCAUAACCGGCAAUAUCCAAUACCAGCUCCUUUAACUCUUCCUGGUGCUGAACGACUCAUGAUUGGUGAAGUGGAUCAUGCUGUUCCAACUACUCCAACAGCCAAAAAUGCUCCAGUAGCAGUAGGUUCUGACAUGGAACCUUCCACUAGUCACGAUGAGUCAUGUGACCAGUCAGAAGCAGCUCAAGAUGGGUUCAACGGAAGCCAACAUGGAGCAAAACAUCUGUGGUGUAGCACUAGUCUAGCAUCAAGAAGAAAGAGAAUUCACCAACACUUUGAUGAUCUUGAGAGAUGCUACUUCUCCAUUCGACAGGGAGACCUACCAAGUGAUGCUGGAACAUCAGAUGCCUUGGAUUAUUUCACCGACAGUCUUGCCAAGUUUACAAAGUUCAGUGGCUUCCGUUGCUUAGCAACACUUAGUUAUGCCAGUGACAUCUACAGUAGCUCUAGUAUUGUAUCAAGUAUUGAAUUUGACCGUGAUUUUGACUACUUUGCAAUUGCUGGAGUUACAAAGAAAAUCAAGGUUUUUGAAUAUGGGACAGUGAUUAGAGAUGUAGUUGACAUUCAUUGCCCUGUCAAUGAAAUGAUCUGCAAUUCCAAAAUCAGUUCUAUUUGUUGGAGUUCUUAUCACAAAGGCUUACUUGCCAGUAGUGAUUAUGAAGGCACGGUUACUCUGUGGGAUGCUUUCACAGGAUCCAAAACUAGAUCAUUUCAGGAACACGAGAAGAGGUGCUGGAGUGUUGAUUUUAACCAUGUUGAUCCUAAACUUCUGGCUUCAGGAUCUGAUGAUGCAAAGGUUAAGUUAUGGUCAACAGACAUGGAACACUCUGUGGCAUGUUUGGAAGCUAAAGCUAACGUGUGUUGUGUAAAGUUUAAUCCAGAGAGCAGAUACCACUUAUCGUUUGGUUCAGCAGAUCAUUGUGUCCAUUAUUAUGACCUCCGAAACACAACCAAGCCAAUCACAGUUUUCAAAGGCCACAGGAAAGCUGUGUCAUACACAAAAUUCAUCAACACAGAGGAAAUUGUUUCUGCAUCAACAGACAGUCAGUUAAAACUUUGGAACAUCAGUAAACCACACUGUCUUCGAACGUUCAAAGGGCAUAUUAACGAAAAGAACUUUGUUGGGCUGGCUUCCAAUGGAGAUUACGUUGCCUGUGGUAGUGAAAACAAUUCUCUCUACUUGUACUACAAAGGUCUUUCUAAACAGCUCCUAACUUUCAAGUUUGAUACUGUAAGAAGUGUUUUGGAGAAAGACAAGAAAGAAGACGACGCGAACGAAUUUGUGAGUGCGGUUUGUUGGAGAACUGGAUCCAAUGUAGUUGUGGCCGCUAACAGUCAAGGGACAAUAAAGGUUCUCGAGCUGGUGUAGAACCACUGAUGAGUGGACAUAGAAUAAGCAAAUAUAAUGUACUCUGUAUAUAAAGCUGAGUCAGAAGCCCAAUAGUUGGCAGAGUUUUAUAGUUGAGCUUAUCAUAGUUAUAUCGUAGACUUGAAACAUUUGCUAGUUGAAUUCAGAGGGACAAUUUCUUUUGUUAGAUUAGUUAGUCGUUGUAUAAGGUGAUCUAUAACUGCUGGCAGUACCUAGACGAGUUUGUAAGCGAGCAAAUAGCUCAGUGCUCAUGUUGACGUGACAUUUACCUUUGUACUCUUGCCAGUGCCAAAUCUAUGCACAUUACAAAAGAAAUCCUUUUAUUAUUUUGCAAAUAUUGAAAGUACAGCUCGGUACUGCUAAUUUGGGACCAUCUGAAUGGGUAAGGUUUCAACCAUAGCCUUAAAAGUUACUUUCCAGUGCUGCUCAAUACUUUUUGUUUGUAAUUGAACGGUCAGUCAGUAUAAUUUUUUGAACCACAGUCUUGAAAGCUGAAAGGACUCGUCAAUAGCUAACAUCGAGUGGCCACACACUUCAAGGUUCUAUUCAUCGAUCACAUUCUCCGGAAGUCGCUGCUCACAAACGAUCAUUUUCAAUGGUCACACUUUAGGGUAACGAUUAGAGCCGCAACAAACAAAAAAGAUACGGCUUCUUUGGGAAGGUAAAGGAUUGAGUCAAGAUCGUCCCUGACGAAGAGUUUGGGAAUACAUCAAAACAAUGUGUAUUGAAUAUUUUCUUUAUUCUCACCCUGCUUGAAAGCGUAGUGAUACUGUAAGCAGAAUUCACAUGUUAAUCGCUCUUGAGGGGAAUAAUAGAGACUUAAGAUGCGUUCCUUUGAGGUGAUCUGGACCUGGAUCAGUGAUCCAUGAUCACUCAGAUCAUGUUACAUCAAAGCAACCAAUGAACGCACGCUGGUCACGGAUUCAUCGGUGCCUUUGAUACACCAUGAUCUGUCUGAGUGAUCGUGGAUCACCGAUCCUAAUCCGGAUCAUCCCAAAGGAACGCAUCCUUGGUUCAUUACGUUCAUCCUAUAUGUAGAUCUUCUACUUACGACUUUAGCCUCUUCCAGGCGUUCAGUUAGUGGAACAGGCUAUUACGGCUUUUGCUGAAUGUUCAGUUCGUCAAGUUAAAUGAACGCAGAAUCGGUUGCAGAAAAGUUCUCAUGAACACCACUGCCAACAUUUAUGAAGGCUUUUUAGCUUCUACUGAUAAAAAUGAAUAAAACAUCAAUGAACCGGU